UGCAGGCACGAGCCAGCCCAGUCCAGUCCAGUCCAGCCUUGUCUUGUCUAUUUUAUUUAUGUACUUGAUGAAAAAACCCAUUCUCGAGAUUUUACCCUCCAAUCCAAUCCAAACCAAACCAAACCAACAACAAGAACAAAAACACCAAUAGAACAUGCAAAGAAAAAAUCAUGGCACCUGUCUUAUCAAGUAAUUGGAAAUCCCUACAAGCCAUCUUAAAGAAAACCCCCCAACUAUCAUCCAUCGAAGCCAAAAAACGAAAAGCCCUCGAACCUUCCGAAAGAACAAAGGACAGUAUCGCAAAACGCAGACGAUUGGAAGACAACACCCUUAAAACUCGAUCAAUUGCAGAAGCAAAAGGAGCAGCAACGAAGAAGAAAACCAUGGGGGGGAUGGGAAGUUCACCAAUUGUGGAAUCAGCGGAAGAUGAUACUCCACUUCCUAGAAAUGCACCCUCUGCCUCUCUAGCUCUUUGGGCGGAGGAUAAUGAUAUUUCGGCGAAAGAUCUCGCGGAAGCUUAUGGAGGGAAUUUAAAAGAUACGACGAUACAAGGAGCACGAGCUGAUAAGAUCAAUGGGGGAUUAUCCACCGAUGUCGACAUAGGGAAGUACAUCGCUAUAGAUUGUGAAAUGGUAGGUGUGGGAGGUGUGGAGGAUCGAUCAGUAUUGGCACGAGUUAGUAUUGUCAAUUUUCACGGCACGCAAGUAUACGAUUCAUUUGUGCGACCUAUGGAAUUUGUUACGGAUUGGAGAACUCAUGUUUCAGGAGUUUCGACGAAGAAUAUGGCGACGGCGAGGGAAUUUGACGAGGUCCAGAAAGAUGUUGCUGAGAUACUCAAGGGGAGGAUAUUGAUUGGACAUGCGAUUAAGAAUGAUUUGGAAGCUAUGAUUCUGAGCCACCCAAAGAGAGAUAUACGCGAUACAUCAAAGUUUUCAGGCUUUAGGAAAUACAGUAAUGGGCGAACACCAAGUUUGAAAAAGUUAUCAAAGGAGAUAUUGGGAGUGGAUAUACAGGGUGGUGAACAUUCUAGUAUUGAGGAUGCGAGAGCAACGAUACUUUUGUUUAGGAAACAUAAAUCGGCUUUUGAUAUUGAACAUGCGAAGCUUAAUCCUCCACACUCUGGUGCUUCGUCAAAGUCUAAGCCAAAGAAGAAGAAGAAAGGGAAGCGUUGAGGGGUUUAGGGUUAAUAGGACGCGGUCAAGUAGGUGGUGUGAGACUUUAUUUCAUUAUGAAGUUUCAGGAAGACUGGUGUCAGAUUAUCAAAUUCAGAGGGAUUUGGAGUUUGGUGUUAAAGAAGAUCAUGUGUUAAUUAGACUUGAGCGACGCUUUCAUAUUCCGUGGACAUUUUACGA